AUGAGCACGGGCAUGCGGCCGGGGCGGCGGUUCACGUUGGGGCGGAGCGAGGACGCGACGCACCCGGACACCAUCCGCGCCGCCAUCUCCGAGUUCCUCGCCACUGCCAUCUUCGUCUUCGCCGCCGAGGGCUCCGUCCUCUCCCUCGCGAAGAUGUACCACGACAUGAGCACGGCGGGCGGGCUGGUGGCGGUGGCACUGGCGCACGCGCUGGCGCUGGCCGUGGCGGUGGCGGUGGCUGUCAACAUCUCGGGCGGGCACGUCAACCCGGCCAUCACCUUCGGCGCGCUGCUGGGCGGCCGCAUCUCGCUCAUCCGCGCCGUCUUCUACUGGGUCGCGCAGCUGCUGGGCGCCGUCGCCGCCACACUCCUCCUCAGGCUCGCCACGGGUGGCAUGCGCCCGCCGGGGUUCGCGCUGGCGUCCGGGGUCGGCGACUGGCACGCGGUCCUGCUGGAGGCCGUCAUGACGUUCGGACUCAUGUACGCCUACUACGCCACCGUGAUCGACCCCAAGCGGGGCCACGUGGGCACCAUCGCGCCGCUGGCCAUCGGUUUCCUGAUGGGAGCCAACGUGCUGGCGGGCGGGCCCUUCGACGGCGCCGGGAUGAACCCGGCGCGGGUGUUCGGGCCGGCGCUCGUCGGGUGGAGGUGGAGACACCACUGGGUGUACUGGCUCGGCCCCUUCCUCGGCGCCGGACUGGCCGGGCUGGUGUACGAGUACCUCCUCAUCCCGUCUGCCGACGCCGCGCCGCACGCGCACCAGCCGCUCGCGCCCGAGGACUACUAG